AUGGAGUGGGGGAUGCUGGCGAUGAGCGUUUCCGUUGCUUUCGUCGGCCUGUGCCUGCAUCUGGGCCUCUCGGACCUCGGAAAGGGCAUCGGCAACGGUCUGUCCGACGCUGGCCGCAGCGUGGAGCGCGGCCUGCGCAACGGGCUGCGCGGUGCGUUCUCAGAUACUAUUUCUCCGCGGGCGCGUGUGCACCGCCUGAAGGCUGCAAGCUGCAGCAAGGUGCCGCAGCGCCCCUCGGCGCCCUGCACCCUCAGCGACGGGGACCUGUCCUCUGAGCUGCCGGCCGAUGGCCUCACUGAAGGCCUGGAGAUGGUGGGGCCCGGUGAGGUCGUCUGCCGCACGGUGCGGCUCUCCCGUGGCAAGACAAAGUCCGUGUGCCGCCGCAACGGCGCGUAG